AUGAAGGUCGAAAUUGCUGCUUUGAUUGCCGGCGGUGCCGCGCUCGCUUCUGCCCAGCAGUCCGUCUGGGGACAAUGCGGUGGUAUUGGAUGGACUGGACCGACUACCUGUGCCUCAGGAAGUUACUGUUCUUCAUUGAACCCCUACUACAGCCAGUGCUUGCCUGGAGCCCAGACUACCACUGCUGCCACCACUACUGCUAGCAGGACUACCACUUCUGCCAGCAGGACUACAACUAGUGCUUCGACUACCGCGAGGACAACUACUCCAACCACAACCCUCAGGACUUCGACUACUACUACCCGCACUACUACCCCAAGUGCUUCACCAACUACCGGAACCAAGAAGUUCGAGUAUGUUGGUGUCAACGAGUCUGGUGCUGAGUUUGGCGAGAACACCAUCCCUGGUGUUUUGGGCACCCAUUACACAUGGCCAUCCCCAUCCUCGAUCGAUUAUUUCACCGCUCGGGGCCUCAAUACCUUCCGUAUUAACACUAAGAUGGAGCGUAUCUCUCCUCCAUCAUCUGGCGGUCUCACCGGCCCCUUCGAUAAUGCCUAUAUCUCAGGCCUCGACACUAUUGUCAACUAUGUCACCAACAAGGGUGCUUAUGCCAUCAUCGAUCCCCACAACUAUGGUAGAUUUAACGGUGGUAUCAUCACCGAUACCAAUGCUUUCAAGACAUGGUGGACCAACAUUGCCAACCGUUAUAAGAAUAACCCACGUGUCAUCUUCGAUACAAACAACGAAUAUCACACCAUGGACCAGAACCUCGUUGUUGCCCUCAACCAGGCUGCUAUCGACGGUAUCCGUGCUUCCGGUGCUACCAACACCAUCUUUGUCGAAGGUAACCAAUGGUCCGGUGCUUGGUCGUGGCUCUCUGUCAACGCCCCAACCAUGAUCACUCUUAGAGAUCCCCUCAACAAGCUUGUCUUCCAGAUGCAUCAAUACCUUGACAGCGACUCCUCCGGUACCAGCGAGACCUGUGUCUCUGCUACCAUCUUGAAGGAGCGUCUUACUGAGGCCACCAACUGGUGUCUCCAGAACAACGUCAAGUGUAUCCUCGGUGAAGUCGGCGCCGGUAACAACAGCCAGUGCAAGCAGGCUGUUCAGGACGGUCUUACUUAUGCUUUGAACUCUGGUGCCUGGGUUGGUGUUCUCUGGUGGGCUGCUGGUCCAUGGUGGGGAACUUAUUUCCAGAGCAUCGAGCCACCAAAUGGUGCUGCUGUCAGUGCCUACGUUCCUAUUCUCCAGUCCUUCGUUUAA